AUGGCAUCCAUCAUUCAAGCUGUGCUCGAUUGGUUGAGAGGCCUUUUUUUCAAGACUGAGAUGGAAUUAACCUUAGUUGGACUACAGAACAGUGGAAAGACUACUCUCGUGAAUGUUAUUGCGUCUGGUCAAUUUUCAGAGGAUAUGAUCCCUACAGUUGGUUUCAACAUGCGCAAGGUCACCAAAGGCAAUGUUACCAUGAAGCUUUGGGACAUUGGUGGUCAACCACGGUUUAGGAGUAUGUGGGAGCGAUAUUGUCGAGGAGUGAAUGCAAUAGUAUUUGUGCUCGACUCAGCAGAUCAUGAUAAGCUAGAUGCAGCAAGAACAGAACUUCGGAACUUGCUGGAUAAACCACAGUUAGCAACCAUUCCUGUGCUUGUACUCGGCAACAAAAACGAUCUACCGGGGGCAUUAUCUGUUGAGCAGAUUAUUGAAGCCAUGAAUCUGAAGCAUAUUGCCAGUCGUGAAGUUUCAUGCUAUUCAAUUUCAGCUAAGAAUCAGGUUAAUAUUGAUGUUACGCUUCAAUGGCUGAUCAAGAAGGGCAAGGGCAAAUAA